AUGGGUCCGAAGCAAAAAGGCGGUGGUGGAGGAAACAAGCAAAAGGGAAAUGCGACCGAAGAAGUCGAAGAGACCCUGCAAGCAGUUGUGUUUGCGGAUACCUUCGAGACUAGAUUUGAGCCAUUUACUUUGGAGAAGCCUAGGUGCCUCCUGCCGCUGGCUAAUACUCCCCUGAUCGAAUAUACGCUGGAAUUCCUGGCUAAUGCAGGCGUACAAGAUGUGUUCCUCUACGGAGGAGCACACUCCAAUUUGCUGGAGAAGCAUAUCAGUACAUCCCGAUGGAAAGCAUCAUCCUCACCCUUCAAAAAACUCACCUUCCUCAAAUCCACCUCCACCUCCGUCGGAGACGUCAUGCGCGACCUAGACGGCAAACACCUGAUCACCGGCGACUUCAUCGCCGUCAGCGGCGACGUCGUCAGCAACUUCCCCAUCGACGAAGCCCUCUCCAAGCACCGCGCGCGUCGCCAAACAGACCGAAACGCAAUCAUGACCAUGGUAUUGCGAGAGGCCGGUGCCCAACACCGCACAAAAUCGUCUUCCGUCUCGCCUAUCUUUGUGGUUGAUCCCACAAAGGAUCGGUGUUUACACUAUGAGGAGAUUGAUCAUCAUUCUCAUGCCGAUGGGCCGGCACGGUUGACUAUUGAUACUGAGCUUCUUACGACGCAUGCAGAACUCGAUAUUCGUCAGGAUUUGAUCGAUUGUAAUAUCGAUAUUUGCACGCCGGAUGUGUUGAGUCUCUGGUCGGAUAGUUUCGAUUAUCAGGCUCCUCGUAAACACUUUCUGUACGGUGUCUUGAAGGAUUAUGAAUUGAACGGGAAAACGAUCCAUACGCAUAUCAUCAAGGAGCACUAUGCGGCUCGAGUGAGGAAUCUAAAGGCCUAUGAUGCGGUUACGAAGGAUAUCAUAUCUCGCUGGACAUACCCGCUUUGUCCAGACACGAAUCUGCUUCCGGGACACACCUACGAGUUGCGACGGGGAAAUAUAUACCAGGAACAAGGGGUGAUAUUAGCUCGUUCCUGUGUAGUUGGAAGGCGGACAGUGAUUGGUCAGGGAACGAGUAUAGGUGACAAAACCACUGUCACGAAUUCGGUCUUAGGCAGGAAUUGCCGGAUAGGCAAGAAUGUGGUUCUUGACGGAGCUUAUAUCUGGGAUGGAGCUGUCAUUGGCGAUAACACAGAGAUUCGUCAGGCGAUUGUAGCGGACAGUGUUGUUGUGGGCGAUAAUUGCAAGAUCGAGCCGGAUGUUUUGCUGUCGUAUGGUGUCAAGAUAUCGAACGGGAUCACGGUCGCCGAGGGCACUCGAGUUACUGUUGCGCCGUGCGAGGAUGGCUCGGUUCCUGAAACGGAUAGGCAGAUUGUGGGUAGCGAAGGACGAGGGUAUGAAUAUGUUGGCGAGGAAGAUGAGGAUGACGAGGAUAUCCGUAGCGAAUCCUCUGGUCUAAUCUACAACAUGGCCAAUCUAUCUCUCUCCACCGACUCCAUCUCUACGCUAUCAAGCGAACUUUCCGCUGACGAUGAGUAUUUCCACGGCCAACGAAGCGACAGCUUCGGAACUUCCGUGUCCGAAGACGAAGACCACGACCACUUCCAACACGACGCAUCCAACAAUCUGUACGAAAGUAUGCGUGACGGCGUGUCGUCCGAUGUGGUCGCCCUCGAACUAGUCAGUCUACGUAUGAGCGCCAACGCAUCGGACCACCAAGUCCGGCACGCAGUCGCUUCGUCAUUCAUGAAACGCAUCUCCCAAUUGGUCACCGAAUCCAGCAAGAGCGCCGGCGACGCAGUCCACGACGUCUUUACACGCUACAAAGACGUCGUCGACCGAUGUCUAUUUGACAAGAACAAGGAGCAGAAAACAGAUCAAAUUGAUAUGUUGCUGCAGAUACAGCAGGACCUCGUCCAUCGCACCAAGGGAGAUACCAUUCUUUUAUUUGCAGCGAAGGAGCUGUAUGAUCUAGACAUUAUUGAGGAAGAGGCGUUUGAGGCUUGGUGGGCUGAUGAGCGGUCUACUGCUACGGAGGAGAUGAAGAAGGUGAGAGCUCAGACGCAGCAGUUUGUGGAUUGGUUGGCGAAUGCGUCGGAGGAAGAUGAUGACGAUGGUGAUGAUGAUGAUGAUGACAGUGAUGAAGAUGAGAGCGACGAGGAGGAUGACGAUGACGAUGAUGCCGGGGAUGAGGAUAGUGAUGAGUAA